AAUUUGAAAUUUCUCGGGGCCCCUGGUCGGCGCGGCGGCGCGCAUCAGGCGACCCGGCGCGGAGCCCCUCCGCUCCCAGGUCGGGUCUGCGCCGGCCUGGUGCGGAUCCGCUCGAUCUGCCGCCUCCUCCGCCCGGUGCAGUUGGCGCGCCCGACCGUCCCUGAAAAGGCGCGGAUGGAGCGGAAGUUCUACGAGAAGUAUACCUCGCUCAAGAAGCGGAAGCUGCUGGACGAGGGGUUGGAGUGGAAGCGGGAGGAGGAGCUCAAGGAGCUUUACGAUGCCAUGAAGGAUUGGGUCCGCGGCCUCGAAAAAGAUAAAGAGGAGCUCAGUGAGCUGCUGGCGGACAAGGAGGAUGAGCUUGAGAAGGCCCGUCAGGAUUUCCUUGCAGAUAUUCGGGCAAGGGACAGUGAAAUUCUGAGGCUUAAGCAGCUCUUGGAUGAGAAGACCGAAAAAAACAAUUCUACUGCUACAAUGUAUGACCACCAAACACCUGAAGUUAUCCAUGAAAAUCCAACUCCAAUGUUGCCUAGAAGGAAGACACCAGAAUCAAACUUCAAGGCAAAGAGGGUACAGUUGAGUAAAAGUACUGUCAUUCCUGACAGUAGCCUUGAGGAGGAAUCUCAAGAGCUACAAUGCUCUAGAAGAUAUACAUGCAUCUCAGGGAACGAGACAAACAAAUGUCCCAGCGCUCAUAUGUUUCACUUGCUGCUUCAAUCUUUAGUUCGCAUGAAGGUCACAGUAGAUGAUGGUACAGAAAGAUUUUUUGUUUCAGUCUCCCAUGAAGCUACUGGUUAUAGUUUCUCCCUCACAUGGUUAGAGAAUCCUGGUGAAUGGUCAUAUAAGCUGUCUUCGUUGGGCACACUGGAAAGGAUAGCCGUCAAUUGGAUGAAGCAAGACAUAAGAUUCAGCAUGAACAUGUGCCGUCUGUUCUUCGAGCGGAUAUCAAACAUCCUCACUAAAGGGUGACAGCGUGCUCUUCAUUAGAGCCAUAGCUACCUCUAGGUUGCCUCUGGAUGCGUAAAACAAUGCUGCUGAACUUGAAGCUGCAAACCUCCUUUGGAUGUAAAAAAAAAUAUUGAAGUGCUAUCUUGUGGCAGAACUGUUUUGCGGUCUGUCUUCUUUAAUCGAGCUUACAAAUGGUUCGUAGAAGAGAAUUGUUGUCAUGGCAUAUCCCUUCAUUAUGUCACCUAUUGUGAUUGUCUGUUCGUGGUUCAAGUUGUUAAUCACUUAAUGCA